AUGAAUGGGAGGCACGGGUGCGGGCAGCAAGGUACCGGUGGCAAGGGCGGGCAGCAAGGUACCGGUGGCAAGGGCGGACAGCAAGGUACGGGUGGCACGGGCGGACAGCAAGGUACGGGUGGCACGGGCGGACAGCAAAGUAUGGGUGGCAUGGCGGACAGCAAGGUACGGGUGGCACGAGACGGCAGUGAACGCAUGGGAGGCACAGGAGGCACGGGGCAGUGUUGGGCGGCAGCAGGUGCUGCUGGCGCUGGCGGUGCUGCUGACAUCCGCCCACCACCCCCUUUCCCCCAAUCCUUCCCCCGCCAUGAGCCUCCAACCCCGCCACUCCCCCUCCCAUGA